UCCAGGUUGCCGAUUGCCCUUCUUGCCAGGCUUUGGGCUCUGGUGGACGAGAUCUUGGAGCCUACAGGGCUGAGCGCCGACGGCUAGGAGGACAACCAGGCGGUCCCGAGGCUUUGCGGAGGCUCAAACCGGGACCUUCGAGAGGUCUAGCGGGCAGUGGCGGCGGCGGCGGCGAAGGGGCGGCGGGACCCGGGACCGGCCUGUCUGCAUUCUAGGCUGCCCGGCCGAAGCUCCGCGGGACGGUGAGUCCCAAGGAAGGCAGUUUUAAGUACCAGGAGGGAUGCUCCAUCUGAAUUUGUGCUGUAGGACCAGACCCGGAUCCUCGGAAAUAGAAAGGCCUUGGUGAGGUGAGAAGGAGGAGACCUUGGGAGCAGAAGCGCGCCGGUCCAUCAUCAAUAGUCUCUACACAUUUCUAAACACAGCAGAAAAUGAACAAAUCAGAGGGGCCAGUGUCAUUCAAAGAUGUGGCUGUGGACUUCACCCAGGAGGAGUGGCAGCAGCUGGACCCUGAUGAAAAAAUAACAUACAGGGAUGUGAUGUUGGAGAACUACAGCAAUCUAGUUUCUGUGGGGUAUGAUAUUACCAAACCAAAUGUGAUUAUUAAGUUGGAGCAGGGGGAAGAACCGUGGAUAAUGGAAGGUGAAUUGUCAUGUCAAAGUCAUCCAGAAGAAGUCUGGGAAGGUGAUGACCUGAUAGAGAGAAUCCAAGAAAAUGAAGACAAACAUUCAAGGCAAGUUGUUUAUAUCAACAGCAAAACCCUGAUUGAAGAGAGAGGGGAUACUUUUGAUAAAAUUUAUAUGGAAGCAAGCCUUGUUCCUUCAAGCAUAAUAGCUCACAGUUGUGUCUCAUGUGGAAAGAAUUUAGACUCUACUUCAGAAUUAAUUAGUAGUGAUGGGAGCUAUGCCAGAGAAAAGCCUAAUGAGUGUAAUGAAUGUGAGAAAACAUAUCAUGGAGAGAAACUCUACGAAUUUAAUCAAAAUGUAGAUACCUAUUCUCAAAAUGAAGAAGGUGUUAUACAGAAAAUCAACAUUUUGGAGAAACCCUUUGAAUAUAAUGAAUGUGUGGAAGCCUUAGAGAGUGAAACUGUUUUCAUUACUCAUAAGAGAGCUUAUAUCGGGGAGAAACACUAUGAAUGGAAUCAUUCUGGGCCAGACUUCAUUCAGAUGUCAAGUUUUAACACAUAUCAGAGAUCACAAAUGGAAAUGAAGCCCUUUGAAUGCAAUGAAUGUGGAAAAUCCUUCUGUAAAAAGUCAAAAUUUAUUAUACAUCAGAGGGCUCACACAGGAGAGAAACCUUAUGAAUGUAAUGUAUGUGGGAAGUCCUUCAGUCAAAAGGGAACCCUCACAGUACAUCGGAGAUCACACUUAGAGGAGAAACCCUAUAAAUGUAAUGAAUGUGGGAAAACCUUUUGUCAGAAAUUACACCUCACUCAACAUCUGAGAACUCAUUCAGGAGAGAAACCCUAUGAAUGUAAUGAAUGUGGGAAAACCUUCUGCCAAAAGACACAUCUCACCCUUCACCAGCGAAAUCAUUCAGGAGAAAGACCCUAUCCAUGUAAUGAGUGUGGGAAAUCCUUCUCCCGCAAGUCAGCUCUCAGUGACCAUCAGAGAACACACACUGGAGAGAAACUUUAUAAAUGUAAUGAAUGUGGGAAAUCCUACUACCGAAAGUCUACUCUUAUUACACAUCAAAGAACACAUACAGGAGAGAAACCCUAUCAAUGUAGUGAAUGUGGAAAAUUCUUCUCCCGGGUAUCAUACCUCACUAUACACUACAGGAGUCACUUAGAAGAGAAACCCUAUGAAUGCAAUGAAUGUGGCAAAACCUUCAAUUUAAAUUCAGCCUUCAUCAGACAUCGGAAAGUACACACAGAAGAGAAAUCCCAUGAAUGUAAUGAAUGUAGAAAGUUCUCUCAAUUGUCAUAUCUCACUGACCAUCAUGCAACUAAUUUAGGAGAGAAACCCUAUGAAUGUAAUGAAUGUGGGAAAACCUUCUUUGUAAAUUCAGCCUUCAGUGGGCACCAGUCACUUCCAAAAGGGGAGAAAUCCUAUGAAUGUAACAUAUGUGGAAAAUUAUUCUCUGAGUUGUCAUACUACACUGAACAUUAUAGAAGUCAUUCAGAAGAGAAACCCUAUGGAUGUAGUGAAUGUGGAAAAACCUUCUCCCAUAAUUCAUCCCUAUUUAGACAUCAACGUGUACACACUGGUGAGAAACCCUAUGAAUGUUACGAAUGUGGGAAAUUCUUCUCUCAGAAGUCAUAUCUUACUAUACAUCAUCGAAUUCAUUCCGGAGAGAAACCUUAUGAAUGUAGUAAAUGUGGAAAAGUCUUCUCUCGGAUGUCAAACCUCACUGUUCACUAUAGAAGCCAUUCAGGAGAGAAACCCUAUGAAUGUAAUGAAUGUGGAAAAGUCUUUUCUCAGAAGUCGUACCUCACCGUACAUUAUAGAACUCAUUCAGGAGAGAAACCUUAUGAAUGUAAUGAAUGUGGGAAAAAAUUCCACCACAGAUCAGCCUUCAAUAGCCACCAGAGAAUUCAUAGAAGAGGAAAUAUGAAUGUACUUGAUGUGGGAAAUCUCUGAAGUCUAAAAAUCUCUCAAUUUUUAGAAAAUGCUUUAAAUACAAUAUGGGAAAUCUAGUAGGGAAUCAAAUAUAAUUGUUCAUCUGAGAGUUCAUGUUCCUGAAUAGGGAAAAGCAUUUAGGCAUUCGAUUCAUUUUAAUUUUAAUUUUCACAGAGAAGAUGCCCCAAGAAUGCAACAAAAAGCAAAGCCUUCAGCAAGACCAUACAACUCAUUGGACACUAGAUAAUUUAUGCAGGAGUGAAAUUUUAUAAGUAUUUAAUAUUUAUUUUAGAUUCAAACUAUAUUUGCAUAUCAGGGAAUCAUCCUAAGGAGAAAUUUGUCAAUAUGAUGAAUGUGGAAAACAUAUUGUCUUGGAAUUGUUAUACUAAAAGCCAUACUUCUGAUGUAAAAACAGGUGUUUAUAGGAAAGACAUUAGAAGCUAACAGCUCUGAAUUAAUCUUCAUUGUAUAAAAUGAAGUUUUACAAUCAUCAGGAAUUGAUUGUGAGGACAGUAGCAUUAAAUGAGUAUAUGGCAGUCCCAAUCAUGUUCUUAAAAUGCAAUCUAGGGCAGCGCCUGUGGCUCAAGCAGUAGGGCGCUGGUCCCAUAUGCCGGAGGUGGCGGGUUCAAACCCUGCCCCGGCCAAAAAAAAAAAAAAUGCAAUCUAAUGGUAAUUCUAUGCAAGUUUGGAUUGAAUAAUUUGUGAAAAGGUAGUAAAGGCAGUAUUAUUUGAGUAUUAGGAUGACAAAAUAUUAACACAGGAUAUGUUGUUGGUGAGAUAAUAUUUGAUAGGUAUAAGAGAGUGAAAUAUAUAAUUAUUUAUUUAGAUGAAUUUACAAAUGUGUUUUUAAUGAAUGCCUCAUUAGUAGAGGAGGUAGUGGAUUUUCUAAAGUUUUCAACUGCACCGAGCAAACAAAUGUUUUUAAAAAUGCUAUUUUGAUAAACUAUGCAUACAUAAUUUGGAAUUCUUUUAAGUCUAUUUCCAUGAAAGGGAAUAAGCGUACUACUCGUCCUCUCUAAAAUAUAUCUCCAACUCUCAUACCAUUCAUUUUACUCCACAGGUUUGAGUGUGCAGAGUGCCAAUACUAUGUAGUUCAGAAAUUUUAUCUGAAUUUUUAUUAGCUGUAAAUAUUAUUUUGUUAUUUCAGAACAAAUUAAUACAAGUUUCCGUAAGACUUUUUUCUGUGGGUUAACUUAAAGUCUUUUGCUUUCAUUCCUUGUUGGAAAAGUUUGGGUCUUAUUCUAGCAAUUCUUCACAUGACACAGAGGGUAAAUCCUGAUUAGUCUAAACCAAUAAUGAUAGUUUUAUUUUGGUGAAUUGUUUAUAUUGGCCAUGUUACCCAAUCCUGGGCAAAUAAAAUAGAGAUAGGUUUUUGGAAAAAGGAUAAAAUGGUGAUCAAAUGGAUCUUCUUUCAGGAAUGCAAGAGUGUCUUAAUAUUUAAAAGUCAAUUGCUAAAAAAAAAAAAAAAGUCAAUUGCUGUUAUAUACCAUGUGAAGAAAAGUAAUCUAGAGUAUGCAGAAAAUUCAUGUGGCAAAAAUUAAUUAAUCGUGUUCAUUUAUGAUCUUAGCAAACUAUUGGUAGAAAGGAACUUCCUUAAUUGUGUAAAGAGCAACAUAAACUACAACAAGCAGCAUGCUUAAUGGCAAAAUAGGGAAAUUUUUUUUUAUUUUUUUAAGACAGUCUUAACUCUGUUGCCUUGGGUAGAGUGUCAUGGAGUCAUUGUAGCUCACAGUAUCCUCAAAUUCAUGGGCUCAAGUGAUCCUCUUGCCUCAGCCUCUUCAGUAGAUGGGACUACAGGCACCAGCCACUACACCUGGCUAGGUAUUUUUCCCCUCUUUUUUUUUGUAGAGAUGGGGUCUCCGUUGCUCAGGCUGGUCUCAAACCCUGAACUCAAGAGAUUCACCUGCCUUGGCCUCCCAGAGUGUGAAGAUUACAGGCAUGAGCCACUAUAUCCACCCCAAAUAGUGAAAGAUUAAUCAAAAGAUUAAAAGAAAUAGAGAAUGAUAUCUGCUGUCACUAAUUUUAUUCAGCAUUAUGCAGGAGCACCUAGCCAGCACAGUAAGGCAAAAAAAAAAAGAAACAAAAGGCAUAAAUCUUAGAAAAGAAAUAAAGCUUUUAUUUGCAGAUGGCAUGACUUUGUAUACAAUAUUCUGAAGAAUAUAUAAUUAGAGUUAGUAAAUUUAGCAAGGUUCUGCCUACAAGGUUAUUUUUCAAAAGCUUUUUUUUGAGACCAACUCUCACUGUGUCACCCUCGGUAGAGUGCAGUGGUGUCACAGCUCACAGCAACCUCAAACUCUUGAGCUUAAGUGAUUCUCUUGCUUCAGCCUCCCAGGUACCUGGGACUACAGGUGCCUGCCACAAUGCUGGCUAUUUUUUGGUUGCAGUUGUUGUUUAGCAGGCCUAAGCUGGGCUCGAACCCGCCAGGCUCAGUGUAUGGUCGGCGCCCUACCCUCUGAGCUGCGGGUGCUGCCUAUUUUGCAAAAUCUUUUUAAUACAGCAGCAAAAGACAGAGAAAGUGAAAUUUAUUUUUUUUUUUUUUUGCAGUUUUUGGCCGGGGCUGAGUUUGAACCUGCCACCUCUGGCAUAUGGGGCCAGCGCUCUACUCCUUUGAGCUACAGGUGCUGCCGAGAAAGUGAAAUUUUUAAAAGCAGUCCCACUUACAAAGUCCUCAAGUGCCUAGGUGAAUAAUAUUUAAUGUUUUCAAGAAGUGUGUCCAAAAAAAGAAAACACUACAAAACAAUGAGAGGGAUGUAUCUUGUGUAUGCACUCCCAGGAUAAUAUAAAAAAAGACGUCUGUUUUCUUGACCUUAAUUCAUAUGUUCAACACAUCCUUAAUAAAAAUCCUAGCACAGUGUGGCACAUGUGGCUCAAAGGAGUAGGGUGCUGGCCCCAUGUACCAGAGGUAAUGGGUUCAAACCCAGCCCUGGCCAAAAACUGUGGGGAAAAAAAAAAAAAUCCAGGUGGUGCUUGUGGCUUAAAGGAGUGGGGCGCUGGCCCCAUAUGCUGGAGGUGGCAGGUUCAAACCCAGCCUCAGCCAAAAACCGCAAAAAAAAAAAAAAGAAAAAAAAAUCCUAGCACAGUCUUUUAUGGAAUUAACAAGCUGAUUGUAAAGCUCGUUAGAACAUUUAAAAAGCCAAUAAUAGUCAAAACUAUUUUGUAUAACAGAGCUAGAGAAUUUAUAUUCCCAAGUAUGAAGACUUGUAAUAAAGCCAUAGAAAUUAGUAAAGUGUGAUUUUGGCAUAAAAUUAAACAAAACUUGUAAUUUGAAUAUACUAAGAAUAUACUAUACCAUUAAGAAAGUGGAUAAGAAGCCACAGAAGGGGGGAAGGUAUUUUCAGUUCACAUAUGUGACAAUAGAACUGAAUGAGAAAAAAUAAGCUUUUUAAUAAGAGGGCAGAUAGUAAUUUUGGGGGGCUUUGUCACAAAUGCUUAGCUUUGCUAUUAUAGUGUGAAUGCAGCCAUAUGUAAUAUUUUAGCAAAGGAGCAUGGUUAUUUUCCAGUAAGACUUUAUUCUUAAACACAUGUGGCGGUGUGGAUUUGACGCGUAUAUAGCUCGUAAUUUUCUGGCCCCCGAUCUAGAAUAUAUAAAGAGUACCUACAAAUCAAGGGAAUGGAAAAGACAAAACACUUGGCCAUUGGCUUCACAAACAGGAUAUCCAGAUGGCCAGUAAAUAUAAAAAGAUAUCUUACCUUUAUUAAUAAUCAGAAAUGCAAAUUCAAAACAUCAGCUACCACUCACCCGCUGAAAUAAUUAAAAUGAGAAGCGAAAAGAAAAAGUCAUCAAGUUUUGGCAAAGAUGUAAGCACUGGAAGCUGUUUUAUUACUGGGGGAAUUGCCAGUUGAUAAAGUCAUUAUGGAAAGCUGGUGCUUGUAAAGCAAUGAGAAUGAAUGAUCUAGAAGUCUGUGCAAUAAUGUAGCUGAAUUUCACAUACAGUGCUGAAUGAAAGAAUCCAGACACAGAAGUGAACAUAAUGUAUAAUUCCAUCUAUGUAAAGUAUAAGACAGCAACCUUGUCUACUUUGAAAUUAGAAAUCAGGAUAUGGGUUAGCUUUGACCAAGGCUGAAAAGGGGCAUUUAUCUGGUGCUGGAAAUAAUCCGUUUCUAAAUCUGGGUGCUGAAUAUCUUGAAUGUGUUCUUAAGUUAUUUUUCUGCAUGUAUGUUACACUUUUCCAUAAAAUUUUCAAAAACCACAAAUGGCUAACAUUUAUGUUACUCAGCACGCUUUCAUCAUAUUUUUCUAGGUGUGUAUGAAUAUGCUGCGUAACAGGAAUCAAAUAGAUUUUGUAUAAUUCUGUGCAGGAAAUGCAUACUCUAUAGUAGUUUUAUUAGCAACUACUAUGAUUUCCUACACUGUGUCCUUAAAGCUUAGCAUAAUGUAUAUUUUAAGUAAAAUAUUUGGAAAGAUUAAUGGGUCAUUACAUAUUUUGUCAUCUUACACUUUUGCAUAUAUAAAUAAAUGGGUGUGAAAUGCCUCUUCAAUAAAUAGAUAAUACAUAACAUUU